GGCCGCUGUACAGAUCGAAGAAGCCUUUUAGUUGCAUGAAGAAGAGGAGUCUGCAAAAUUCCUGGGCUAUUGGUCGGAUCUGAAACCUGGAUUUGUAUUUAUAAGCAAGAAUUCAAAAAAUCUGUCAGAAUCCUGAUUGAACUACCCGUGGAACCUUACCCUCAAAUUCAUUUUGGCUCUGUUAUUUCCUCGUAAUUCACGAUCUUUGCAUCCGCCACCACUAAAAAUUUAGGACACUGCUAAGCCUAAACCUUUUCUUCGGUUCUUCCCCGAGGACCUUUAUUCUAGCGAAGAAUAUCCUCAAACCCUAUCUUCUCCAUUUCCGCCUAACAUCCUCAGAUUCGGAAAUGAGAGCAACAACGAUGAGAUCUCUUUUGAGAGGUGUAGUUUCCGAUGUUUCUCGCGUCUCGCGACGCGGAUUCGCCUCAGAAUCCGCCCCGGAACGUAAAGUUGCCAUUUUGGGAGCCGCCGGCGGGAUCGGCCAACCGCUGUCGCUGCUCAUGAAACUCAAUCCUCUCGUCUCUCACCUCUCUCUUUAUGAUAUCGCCGGGACACCGGGCGUUGCUGCUGAUGUCAGCCACAUCAACACCAGAUCUGAGGUGGUUGGCUUUAUGGGAGAGGAAAACCUUGGCAAAGCAUUGGAGGGGUCUGAUGUUGUCAUUAUUCCUGCUGGUGUUCCACGAAAGCCCGGGAUGACCCGUGAUGAUCUCUUCAACAUCAAUGCUGGCAUUGUAAAAUCUCUCAGCUCUGCCAUUGCCAAGUAUUGCCCACACGCACUUGUCAAUAUGAUUAGCAACCCUGUGAACUCCACUGUACCAAUUGCUGCUGAGGUCUUUAAAAAGGCUGGGACUUAUAAUGAAAACAAGCUCUUUGGUGUCACAACACUUGAUGUGGUCCGUGCCAAGACUUUCUACGCUGGAAAAUGUAAUGCUAAUGUUGCAGAGGUCACUGUACCUGUCAUUGGUGGGCAUGCAGGCAUAACAAUCCUACCAUUGUUUUCUCAAGCUACACCAAAAUCCAACUUAUCUGAUGAUGAGAUCGUUGCUCUUACAAAAAGAACACAAGAGGGAGGUACCGAAGUUGUGGAAGCUAAGGCCGGGAAGGGUUCUGCAACACUCUCGAUGGCAUAUGCUGGGGCCAUAUUUGCAGAUGCUUGCUUGAAAGGACUGAAUGGAGUUCCUGAUGUUAUUGAAUGUUCUUUUGUGCAGUCAACUGUCACCGAGCUUCCUUUCUUUGCGUCAAAGGUGAGACUUGGAAAAAAUGGUGUAGAGGAAGUCUUAGGAUUGGGUUCCCUCUCGGACUUUGAAAAGGAAGGACUAGAGAAACUGAAGCUUGAGCUUAAGGCCUCUAUUGAAAAGGGAAUUAAGUUUGCCAACGACAAUUAAUACUCCCCUUUUUCAAUUGAAUGCGAGGUUGCAGUUUUGAAUAAUUUUGGGCAAUUGUUGUCUAGUCUUAUUUUUUUUAAGUCUCUACCCGUGGCUUUAUAAAUAGCCAUUUUAACUUGUUACAGAUGCAGUGAAAGAUUGCAUCAAAUAAUUUAGAAUCAACUGAUGUUGUGAUCUAUUUCUUUUGCUUAUCAAGCUACUAUUGACUUGUUAGUGCUGCAAUCAGAUUUCUUGUUGUGUUGGGUGUAACAAUGUUAUUCCUCGGUGAAAUUUUUGAUCUUAUCGAACACCCAAAAGUAAAAUGUUGAUGUUUUU